AUGUCGAUCAACCAUUUGCCUGACGACCUUCUUUCCAAAAAUAUCUCACUUGCCGCCACUGCCGCCACCGCCCCCGCCACCGCCGCUGCAGAAUCGACAUCAGAACUUGGCGGCACGGAUAACGGCCAGACUGGCGAGACGAACUUCACAGAUAUCCCCAAUUUUAGCAACCUCGCGGUGGUUUGUAAGCGAUGGUUGUUUCUGAUGACGACCCUCCGCGUCCCUGGCGCUUUUAAGUCAGACUCCCCCGAACUCCGCGGUACCGAGAAGCUCGCGAUGGCGCUUUCCGCCCCCACGAUCUCCGCGCCUGCGCUUUUCCGCACGCUGGCGCUCGCACCGAGCGUUACGGCGCUUUCUCUGGAAGCAUACGCCGUCGAUAUUUACGACGACGAGUUUAUGUCUAGCUUGCUUUCCGCGCGGCCUCGGCUCGCCCGCCUGAGCAUCGGCUCCCCCCGCUUCACCGGAACGCCCCACUUUCGAAUCGGCACAGAAUCUGUCGAGAAUUUCUUCUGCGUCGCGUCGUUGCGCCUGGAGGAGCUCUCCCUGCACGAAUGCCUUGGCCACACGACGAAGCUCCCUGCCUCCAUCGCGUCGCUGUCGUCGCUGCGCGUGUUCCACCUGUGCUCCAAGGUUCUGCGCUCGCUGCCCGACGAGAUCUGCCAGCUGUCUGCCCUGCAGGAACUUUAUCUCACCUGCGCGUUGCUGCAGCAGCUGCCUGGAAAAAUUGGCCAACUAACGAGGCUGGAGCACCUUUCGUUUACGGGUUGCAAAGAAAUGCGGCGCCUGCCGGAUUCGCUCGGCGAUCUCUCGUCGCUCACCUCUCUCCACAUCGACGGCGCGUGGCAGGUGGAUCGCCUCCCGCCUCGCAUCGGCGCGCUGCAGCAGAUGCGGCGACUGGACCUGCGGAAUUUCCGAGGCGGGUUACCAGAGGCAUGCGAAAACUGGGCGAAACUCGAGCAAGUCAAUCUGGCUUCGUGCACUGACAUGCGCAGUUGCCAGCUCGCGUCCGUGCACUCGCUCACGCAUCUCACGAUCAGCGCCUGCCGGGAGCUCCAGUCGCUCCCGGCCAACCUGCCCUUUGCGACGGCAUUGCGCCAUCUAACGCUCGAUCAUCUCGGUUUCAACGUGUCCCUCGAGCCGCUAAGCGGGCUGGUAGCUCUAGAGCGGCUGCACGUGUCAAGCGUCGACCGGGAGGAGCGCUUUCACGAGGUUCUCUUCGCGCUUCCGUCCCUGGUGCACGUGAAAUUGCGCAAUGUCGGGUGGUUCGAGCCGCCCGACGUGACGGAUAUGGAGAACUUGAGGGAGGUCGCCGCCGCAGCGGACACAGCCGCCGCAACGGACACAGCUGCUGCCGCAGCAGCCACUUUCGCAGCAGCAGGAGGUGGGGCAGGUGAUACCACUUACCACGCAGAGCUCGGCCCGUCUCUGAAGAAUCUCAGUAUCGGCCUGGGCAGGACUCUUGAAGAUAUGCUAGGCGGCGCCAGUGACGCGGACGCCUUUCACCGGAAUCUGCCGCCGUGUCUCCCGCUUCUCACCUCCCUCACAAACCUCCACCUUCACAACAUGUACCUGCCGUUGUCCCCUCCGCUUGCCUUUGCCCGCCUGCGCGCUCUCCGCACACUACGCAUCGAGUAUGACAUCACCUUCCCCAGCCACGUGUCCUUUCCAGAAGACCUGGGCCAGCUGUCAGCCUUGGAGUGGCUGGAGCUGAAGUACUGCUCUAUAAGUCCAAGGCUUCCGCAGUCACUCUGUGACCUGGGCUCUCUGCGGCGGUUGUACCUCGGCAGCAAGACUUUAAAGCACCUGCCCACGGAAAUCUCUAGGCUGUCGCACUUACAAGAGCUAAUGAUAUCAUGGUGUUACAGAAUGGAAUUUUUGCCUCCAGGGCUUGGCUCCCUAGGAGCACUACAAAAGCUGAGUAUCAGUGGCGCGUCGGGGGAUUACCUUCCUGACACUCUAGCCGGCUUAUCUUUUCUCGAGGAGGUGUCUUUGGAUCAAUGUUAUGACGGGUUGAUUUUUUAG